AGAUCGGAUCCAGCGCUCUCGCGUUCCAACCCUAGACCUCCAUUCUCUCCGAUAUGAUGUACAAAGUUUACGGAUAACAUGAGUCGUAAGGGGGUGAGAGAGAAGGGUUCAUCGUGAUCCGUGGUUUUUGUUCUUCAUUUUGUCGAGCGAUUAAGGUCGGGGGAGAGGAGAGAGAAAUAGAUGUCGUCGUCGAGCACGCCGUGCGCCGCAUGCAAGCUGCAACGCCGGAAAUGCACGCAGGAGUGCGUGUUUGCGCCGUAUUUUCCGCCGGACCAGCCGCAGAAGUUUGCUAACGUGCACAAGGUGUUCGGAGCUAGUAACGUGGCGAAACUGCUGAACGAGCUGCACACUUCUCAGAGGGAGGACGCCGUGAAUUCGCUGGCGUACGAGGCGGAGUGCCGCCUGCGCGACCCGGUGUACGGCUGCGUCGGCUUAAUCUCCAUCCUCCAGCAGAAACUCAAGCAGGUGCAGCAUGAUUUGCUGAGUUCCAAGCGGGAAUUGGCCAACUACAUCGGACCGGCGGCCAUGCAGCCACUUGUCCAGCAUCCCGCGUUUCUGCAACAUCCUAACAACCCUUCUAAUUAUCUCAUGGGACUCCCCACAGUAGUGCCCCACGCCGCCCAGCUCAUCGCGCAUGAUUCCCUGCAGCAACAGCAACAGCAACAACAGCCUUUCAUUGAGCCUUACCAUCAAUUAGGCGGCGGCGUGGUAAGGACAUACGAUCAGCAGCAACAGCAGCAGCAACAGCAACAUGAGCUUAUGACGUUUAAUAGUGGAUUUGAGUCCGGAGGGCCGGUAAAUGGCGCCAGGAUAUUCCAUCAGAUGAGCUCUGCCGCGUCUAUGCCGCCCCCUUAUGACACUCCUUAUGGGAUGCAACAGCCGGGGCAAGAACACUUUGAUCCUAACCAUGACCAGAUUCAGCUUCAAUCCCAACCGCCAAUGCAACAGCAACAACAGCAGCAGCCGCCUCCUCAGCAUCAAGAAAGAUCCAAAAGUGAGGAGGGCAGGAGCGUUGAUCCUUCGUGCUAAUAACAUCCUCCAUCGAAUCUCAUUGUGAUUGCUAUAUAUGCCUCUCCAAACUUCAUCUAUUCUCCCAACACUACCAUUUAUUUCAUCCAGCUAGCUAAUUUCAGGCAUACAGAAGAGCAUGCACAGCGGAAGUGAGAGGAUCGGAGGAUCAAAUUAAAAAGAUUGUUGAAAUCGAUCUGAUGGUGAAAUGUGUGUAGAAAUUGAAAAAAUUUCCUGAUUUAUACAGGUAGGGUUUUGACUAUUGAAGGGUGUCCUGUAAUUACACAGGGAGAUCGGCACGUGAGAGAUGCAUUGAUGGUGAUAUAUAUGUAGGAUGUUUUCCGUUCGCAGUUUUCAGGCAUCAUUCUUUUUAAUGUUAGCUAUCUAUCCAUGUCCAGUGGACGACCAUAUAUAUAUUUAUAUAUAUAUAUAGAGUAUACUUAGCUACUAUACUCUAGCCUGGUUUUAAUUAUCUGGAGAAUUAUAUUAUAUGGUGUUCUCUUUUGUUUCUGGCAAACAUAAUGGAGUGUCUGUCUAUUGUUC